AUGAUCAACUCGUGGGCCAUCGGGCGUGACAAGGACUCGUGGGAGGACGCAGAGUCCUUCAAGCCCUCUAGGUUUUUGAAAGAAGGUGUGCCGGACUUUAAGGGGAGCAACUUCGAGUUCAUUCCGUUCGGGUCCGGUCGGAGGUCGUGCCCGGGCAUGCAGCUCGGGUUGUACUCGCUGGAGUUGGCGGUGGGGCAUUUGCUCCACUGUUUUACGUGGGAGUUGCCUGAUGGGAUGAAACCCAGUGAGCUCGACAUGAACGACGUGUUUGGACUCACCGCUCCCAGAGCGAGUCGACUCAUUGCCGUACCGAGUAAAAGGGUGCUCACACUGGUGGCAAGGGCAAGCUAUGCUGCUGCUGCCAGAGACACCACCUCAACUUUACCACCUCAACUUCACUACUGGAACUCCGUCUUGCCAGGCACAUCAAUGCCAAAAGCUCUCAGUGAACUCGUCCAACCUGACUCAGUUGAGCCACCCAAGAACUUUGUCGGUUACAACCAGCACGGUGUCGAGGACAGAACUCUCUCCGUCUACACCCAAGACGACGAUACGCACCUCAAAGACCCAACCCAAAGAAUUUUCUUCUUGGAGAUGGAAAUAAAACCUGGCACAACCAUGAAAUAUAGCUUGGGUAGAAAUAUAGCAGGGGAAACUUUCCUGCCCCGCAAAACUGCAGAAUCGAUCCCCUUCUCAUCCGCCAAACUGCCAGAGAUUCUCAACAAAUUUUCUAUGAAGCCGGGGUCUGUGGAAGCCGCUGUAAUUCAGGAAACCAUUCAAGAUUGUGAAAGUGAAGUCCUUAGAGGAGAAGACAGAUACUGCGCCACCUCCUUGGAGUCGAUGGUUGAUUUUGCCAUGUCCAAGCUGGGAAGAAACGUUCGAGCAAUCUCGACAGAGGUCGAAAAGGGAGCCACCCUGCAGAACUACACAGUAAAGCCAGGCGUGAAGAACGUGAACGAAGGUGGCAAUUUCGUUUUGUGUCACAAGCUGACCUACGCGUAUGCUGUCUUCUUUUGCCACACAUUUGGACAAACUAGGGCUUAUGCGGUGCCUCUGCAAGGUGCUGACGGAACUACCGCUAACGCAGUAGCAAUCUGCCACCUGGACACAUCUGCAUGGAACCCCCAGAAUCAUCCCUUACAAGAGGUCAAAGUUAAGCCAGGAACCGUCCCGGUCUGCCAUUAUCUUCCCCAGGGUCAUAUUGCUUGGGUUCCAAACUAGAAAGAAAUAUCGUACCCUUUGUCUUUGUGGUUCUAAUUGUAAAAGGAAUCCCAUAAGAAUGGGCUAGCUACUAUUGUAUCCGCUCUAAUAUAAAUAAAAAUCAAUUAGAAUGCCCUAUAAAAAUGUGGAGUUUAGCCAUCGCGAUUGGUUGGAGAUAGUAAAACAGUGUUAUCCC